AUGGGUUUUUCAGAGAAUCCCAAAUUCUUAUUAUUAAUAAAAAGAAUUUUUAAAAAGUGGAAAGCUAUAGGAUUUAUAGUAUCUAUAAUUGGAUUUUUUUAUUUUUGUAUAUUUAAUAAAAUAAAUAAAAAUGCUGAGUUAGAUGCGCGUACCUUCACCCCGUAUCCUGGAAAUUCUAUCUUAAAUAAAGAAAAUGAGAAUUUUUUUAAAAAUACGAAUAAUUAUUUUUUAAAUUAUAAAUAUGAAGGAGAACAUAUAAUUGAUAUUAUACAUGAAUAUAUUAAAAAAAUAUCCCCUUUGAUAGAAACAAAAAGACAUAAAAUAACAGUGAAUAAUAAGAUUGAUGAUUAUAUACUGGUAAUUAAUGUUCCCUGCAAGUUUUGCAAUAAUGUAGAAAAUUUAAUAAUUGUAAUAAAUUUUGAUUAUAAAGAAAGAAAAUAUUUCCAUUCUUUAAGUGUUGGUUUGACAUUAAUUGAUCAUUUUUCUAAUUGUAACUAUAUGAGUAAAGAUAUAACAUUUUUAUUUACGAAUAAAGAGUUGUUGUACUCAUUGGGAAUUCAAGAAUUUAUACAGUUUUAUUUUUAUGAUAAUUUAAAUAACAGAAAAUUAAUAACAAGAUCAGCAACAAUAAUAGAAUUUGAUUCUAUUUAUCCAUCAUAUAUUAAAAUUAAUUAUGAUAGUUUAAAUGGAAUGUUACCUAAUCAAGAUUUAAUUUUAUUAUUAACGAAUGAGUUAUAUCAUUAUAGUAUUCCUGUAAAAACAGAACAAACUCACAAUGUAAUUUUAGAUAUGGCAUUUGAAAAAAAUUAUGAAAAAGGACAUAUUUAUUUUUUAAGAGAAAACAUCCCAUCAUUCACUACCACGGGAAGUAGUAAAAUUCCACUAAAGAAUAAAGCGAUAAAUCUAUUUAAUUUUACAAAAGCACUUCAAAGCUAUUUAAGAAGUCAAAGUAAUACACAUGAGGGAUUUUGCCAUUCAUCAAAUUUUUAUUUUUUCCAUACUAUUAAAACGCAUAUACCUAUUAGUAUAUAUUGCUACAGUGUUUAUCUAAUAUGCUGUUAUUGUGUUUUAAAAUUAAUGAAAUCUAAAAUUUUUCGAAACUAUAUAAAUUUUUUAAUAGGCUUAUACAUUUAUAUUAUAACUAUUUUAAUUAUUUCAUUACCAAUAUACUUGUUUUCAACAAAUGAUAAAGUGUAUGAUCUUCUAAAUUUAGAAAAGAAACUACCAUUAUGCGAUGAAUGGCACCCUGACAAUUUUACAACUUAUAUAAAGAUAACUAACUACUGGAUAGGUAUUUUUAUUAUUUCAAUAGUUACUGCUUUUGUUUUUAAUUAUUUUAUUUCGCAUAUCGUUAAUAAAUUUCAUAAAGGAAAUGAUUAUUGUAAAGUAAAGAAAGUAGAAAAAAUUGUAAUUUUAAAAAAAAUAAAAGAUUUGAAAACGAAAAAAAAAAAUUUAAGUAACUUUCUUAUUAAUAAUAAAAAUUAUAAACAAGAUAUAAAUUUAAAAUCUGACGAAAAAGAACAUGUAAUAAAACCUAAAGUUAUCCAUAGUGACGAUGAAAAUUUUAUUCUUGAAAAAAAAAAUAGAAAUUUAAUUAAAGAGAUAGAGUGUAAGAUAGAAAAAAUGGAAAAAAAACUAAAAAUACUAGAUAAUGAAAAUGUAAAAUACAUUUUUAAAAAUUCAGUAGCACCAUAUUCUUCAAUAAUGAAUUAUAUGAAUCUUUUUUAUUUUAUUUUAAUAGUACUAUUAUCAUCGUUAUAUAAUUGGUCGUAUUCAGCAAUAUUUUGUAUCAUAUUCGUUGUUCCUAUAUCAAUAUUACAUAAAAUUAACAAGAAACCCAAAAAAAUUGUUCAGAAAAUUAUUAUUAUUUUUUUUAUUAUUUUUACAUUAAUCUAUAUAUAUCCAUAUGAAAGUUUUAUUAUAGAUGAAAGACAUAAGCUAACUAAUUUUUUGAUGAAAAUUUUUAGGAAAUGCGAAAAAUAUUUAAGUAAUUCUGAACUGUCAAAAAUAAAAUAUUUUCCAGAUUUUUUAUAUUCUAUUUGUUCAAAUAAGUAUUUUGAUUAUUUAUAUUCAAAUAAAUAUUUUCUAAAUAACCAAGACAUCAAAUUUUAUUAUAGUCAUGAAAUCAAAAAUAGUGUUUUAUUAAAUAUGUAUAAUCUAGCUAGGAAUCAUUAUUGUAUAGGUUCUUUGGCCUAUCCACUAAUCUGCUUUACUAUAUUCCCAAUAUAUUUCUAUAUAUUGUUUAUAUUUUUUUUUUCGUAA